UCUUAGAUGAUAAUUCUGCAAACAUAAUUAUCUGUUUGUACGACCCCCUCGAUUGAUAAAGCGACUCGCUUUAGUGUGGUACACAACUCAUCACGAGAUCAGUGCCAGUGUUUUUCUCUCCUUUCAGGACGUCGUUCAUUUUCCACAAAAUGUCCACCGCAUUGCGUCGAGUGUUCGUUUACGGUACGCUCAAAAAGGGUGAGCCCAACCAUCACUGGCUAACGGAUGUGGGCAACGGACGGGUUCGUUUCAUCGCCAAAGCCCGUACGACCGUGCAGUAUCCGCUGAUAGUCGCAUCCCGGCAUAACGUUCCGUUCCUGUUGGAUGUGCCCGGUACGGGUCACUUUGUUGUUGGGGAGAUUUAUGAAAUAGACGAUCGGAUGCUCAGCCACCUCGAUGUCCUGGAGGACUAUCCGAAGCUGUAUGAUCGCCGACCGGAAGUGAUACGGAACGAAGAGACCAAUACCGACGAGAGUUGUUGGACCUAUCUGUUGCGAAGCUUCCCAAAGCAUUUGCUGGAAAAACCGCUGCUGGAGGAAUACAGAGACAGUGCCGAAAAACCGUACGUGGAGGCUGAUGAUAUCGAGUUCGAUGAGCGAUGAUGCAAUAAAACGAAAGGGCAAGUGGAAAACCACCCGAUGCACUAAUUAACCACUCAGUUCCAAUUUUAAUAACAACGAUAAUAAAGUACAAAGCGAGUGGAAGAAUCGUGCGAAAAGACAGGCAUGGCUACAAGUCGUUAAACAUUUCUGAAGGUCAUUUAUAUGUAAUUUUACAGCGUAAAUAAAAGACGAUAAAGCACUUCCGCGAAACAACGAGCGUUUGUAAAUAGAACGGAAUCGACCUAAUCGUGUGUGCGACGAACAUCACGAAAAAACGAAAUCAUAUUGAUAUUACUGAUAACACUGCAUUUGAAUGAAAUUUUCAUAUUGCUGC